AUGCCAACAUUUUGGCGACAUUCCCACGCCAGAGCCGCAACGCUACUACUCACUUUGGCUGUCUUUACACCUUUUGGUAGAGCGUAUAGUUUUUUUGAUGUGGCCCCAACCGGUAUUCCAACAGCCUGUGGAAAUGCUCUGGCCGCCAACAUCUCGUGUGAUCAGCUAUUCUCUGCCUCGUACAUCGCUGCGGGCGGGUAUGUCAGCGCGAUUGCCCUAGAUGACGUCUGCUCCACCAACUGUACAACCUCGCUACUGACCUUCCAGGCUGAUGUGGAAGACGCAUGUGGGAAUACUACUUACAUUUUCCCCGGUAAUGUCUCGCAGACGGUGCAGAGCUUCGUCGGGCCCAUCGUCUGGGCCCAGGAGGCUGCCUGUAUCACGAGCGAGUCGGUCUACUGCUUGCCAGCCGUGGUAACAGGCAAUGUUUCGGACUGCUCACCGUGCAUGUACGAGUACGAGGCAGCCAUGCUGGACUCGCCAUACGGCCAGGUACGUUAUAGCCCCGACACGUACUCGUCGCUGCUGUCGUCCUGUGGGGCAGUGGCAUCCGAUUAUCCCUUUACCGACUCGGCCGUCGCUACUGUGCUCCCCACAGCGACAGCUACAGCGACGGUCUCGGCCAUGGCUACUGCUACAUGCUCAAGCUACUACACCGUCGCAUCUGGAGACACGUGUCAGUCCAUCGCCACGGCCAACUCUAUCUCUACGGCUAAUUUUAUCAUUGAUAACAACCUGAGCAUGCUUAAUUGCUCGGUCCAGGUUGGCCAGCAGAUCUGCCUGGGCGCCGAGUGCGCCCUGUACCAAGUCCAGACAAACGAGAACUGCUCUUCCAUUUUGCAGAACCAAACCUUUUAUCAAGUCCAGCUGACUUCGUGGAACCCGCCUCCAGGAACAUCAAGCUGGGUUGUUCCCACCACAAAUAUCACAACAAGCUGGAACGUGAGCUGGGUAAUUCCCCCCACAGCCUUCACUACGCUGCCCACACAGCCGACGACGUUUCCCAUCUUCAACACAUCCGACAUCGCAUGGCCCGUCACUACCAUCGUGCCAACAGUCAGUAACGUCACAUGGAAUGAUACUGCUGUCCCCCUUUAUUUGAACCUGACCCAAUAUUGCCCCAUUACCCAAAACGACAUCUCCAACGGUUGGACCAUAUACGAUCUCCCAGAAAGUUGCGAGGAUCUCCUCGAUGAAUACUGCGACCCGGCGGCAAACGCUACAAUUCCCGCCUCGACCGUGCUGCCGGCAACAUGUUCCCCGGCGUACUAUAUGUCUUCUAACACAACAGCCACUGGGGCUACCACAUCCGCCUCGAUCUCGAAGGCACCAGAACAAACCGGAAUCGCACCUAAUUGUGACGCGUAUUAUGUCGUCAAGACUAAUGAUACCUGCGCCGGCAUCGUAGAGGAAUUUGGCAACUUUACGACCAGCCAAUUUUACAGCUGGAACCCGGCUGUCGGUGACGCUGUUUGUAUUGGCACAACGAGCAGUACCUCGGCAACCUCGGUGACGGUGACGAUGACGACAACUGCCACCACGGCCUCGGGGACCGCUGAACCAAGCACCGAUCCCAGCUGCACCCAGUACCACGAGGUAGUCAGUGGAGACAGCUGCGUCACAAUCGAGGAGGAAUACGACAUUACUGCUGCUGAGUUCCUGGCGUGGAAUCCGACUGUCGGAGCGACUUGCGAGUCCCUCUGGCUCGGUUACCUGGUCUGCGUCGACGCUCCCUACACCGCAUCCUCAUCCAUCUUCCACGCAGACUACAACAUCUACGUCAACGGCGACAGCAACGAUCCCGACCAAUGUGGAACCCAGCACCGUCGCUGA